AGUCGUUUAAUAUCACUCGAAGUGAAAUAAUGUCGCUGUUAAUUCUUUCAUUACUACUUAGAGUAAUUUAUUACUUUUAUCAAAAGCAAACUUUGAAAAAAUGGAUAAAUUUAAAUAUUCCCGGACCGGAGCCGAUUUUCCCGUUCGGAAACAUGAGCAAAUUCGUCACUUUACGAUCAUCUCUGACCAUGGUUUUCACGGAAAUUUACAAAAAGUUCGAAAAUUGUCGUUAUGUUGGGAUUUUUUUGAUGAAUAGACCUGGCGUUUUGAUUAGAGAUCCAGAAUUAGUCGAAGAAAUUUUAGUGAAGAAUUUUUCUAGUUUUCACGAUAACGAUAUUCAUGUAAACAAAGAGGACGAUGUAAUUUUUGGAAAUAAUCCUUUUGUUGUUAAAGGAAGUGAUUGGAAAGACAUUAGAACUCAACAUUUACUUAGUUUAACCGGAUCUAAGGUUAAGAAUAUGUUUCCUGAAAUAAAUGAGGUAGGUGAUAAAAUGGUAAAAUAUCUUAAAAGUGAACUAAAUAAAACAGAAAUGUAUUGUAUGGAUGCUUUGGAGUUAAUGGCACGAUAUACGACUGACGUUGUAACAUCCGUUGCUUUAGGAAUUGAUGCGAAAUCGUUCACAAGUGAAGAACCAAAGUUGAGGAAUGCGGGAAAAACAAUUUUUGAACCAAACAAAAAAAAUGGAUUGAAAGUGAUAGCUUUAUUCGUCAUGCCUUGGCUAUCGAAGGUAAUUUCAUUAAGAUUAAUUUCGAAAUCCUUAGAAAAUUUGUACAAGAAAAUGAUUGAAGAUGUUGAAAGAUACAGAGAGGAAAUGAAUUUAAAAAGAAACGAUUUUUUCGAACAUAUAAAAGAAUUUCGGGGCAAAAAAAUGUCGAUUGAGAAUAUAAUGACUCAAGUCGGCGGUGUUUAUAUCGAUGGCUUUGGAACAAAUUCGAGCGCCUUGAAUUUUAUGGUUUACGAAUUAGCCAAGAAUGAGGAUGUGCAACAAAAUUUAAGACAAGAAAUUAAGAAAUACCUAAACGAUUGCAACGGGGUUAUAACAUUUGAAGGUGUCCAAAGUCUGGAAUAUUUAAACGCUGUGAUUCAUGAGUCAUUACGAAAAUAUCCACCAUUUCCACAGUUAACAAAAGUAUGCACUCAAGAGUACACAUUCCCAAAAUCAACAACAAAAUCGUCCGAGUUUAAAUCAGAAAUUGGUUUACCCAUUGUUAUCCCAGUUUAUGCGUUGCAAAACGACGAAAAAUAUUUUCCAGAGCCGGAUGUCUUUAAACCAGAACGAUUUUUACCGGAGAACAAAGAAAAAAUUAUUAAAUACACUUAUAUGCCGUUUGGAGAUGGCCCCAGAAUUUGUAUAGGACAAAAAUUUGCUUUGUUACAAUCAAAAAUCGCUUUAUUAAAACUCGUAUCUAACUUUAAUAUGAAAUUAAAUUAUGACAAAACUAAAAUGCCGGUGGAACUUGAUCCAUUCGGGGUAAUACUUGCCGCGAAAGGGCGAUUAUGGAUUAAUUUUAUAAAAAUAAAUUAAAUAAUAAAUUCUUCAUAUUAACUA